ACCCGCUUCUUCGCCCGCCAACCCCCUCAUCUCCUGCUGGCGUGACAGCCCUCGGCGCCGGGCCCAGCUCAGGCCCGCCAAGGCUCGCGGCAAAGCUUGGCGCUCCAGUGCGCGCCUCCGCGGACAAAGAGCAAGCGGCUGCGAGGCUGGGCUGGAAGGUGGAGGCGGGCCGAGGGGCGCGCCGGGGGGAAUCCCUCCCGACCUCUGACGUCACCAAAGCGCUGGCCAAUGAGAAGCGGGAGAGGGGGAUUCCCGCUCCCGCUGCCGCCCCGCCAGCUUUUUAAACAGUCCCCUGGGGAAUACUCUCUGGGAGCCGUGGGAGGAAUGGGGGAAAUGGAGGUUAAGAGCGAAAAAUGAUGGUCCUGGGGGAUGAGAGUAGAGGUUUGACGAUUAGGCGUCAAGGCUGGCUUAGACCGGGGGAAAACCAGAGCCGAUCGAGGCGAGGCCGAACACCCGGCAGGGGAAAAUCCUCCUGAGAUGGAGUGGAAACUGGAGCGCACCGCCCCGCGGAGGGUCCGGACGGAAGAAGAGAUGCUGUGGGAGAACGUCAUGCGGGUGCUCGCCAAAGACAUGAAGCAAAAGAGAAGUCAAGGUUCUCCCAAGAUAUUUGACGGAGUUAAUACUACAUAUUCUAACUUUAAGAGCAACUUUGUGAAGAGACUGUCGGCAGAGGUUCCCGUUGCCAGUAGCCCAAUUACCACCAGAUGGCGGCAAAGCCAAACCAGGGAUCUGGCAGUUGAUUCCUUUGAGGAAGAGCGUUCAACCACUUACCUCCCAGAAGCUUCUGGAUCCGUGCUGAAGAUAACUCCUGAAAAAGAGACCUUGAUUCUAGGAUCCUACAAAGAACCACUGAAGACCUCCAUCAAAGGGAAUAUUGAAACAAAUAACUCAGCUCUCCAUUUUUGCAAGGCGCCUCAUGCACUGGGCAGAGGCUGGAAUGAAAAUGUUGCCUCAAAAGGCCAGAAAUGCCUAAACCAGCUAUUUUUGACCCAGAAGGUGGCUCAGUGGGUUAGUGGGAAAAUGCAGCUCUGUGAGAAAUCCCAGUGUGUUUGGAAAGGCUGCAGAGAUGGAGUCAGAGAUGAAUCCUUCCAUCUUAAAAGAUUCAAUAGUAUAAACUAUUCCAUACUGCAACCAGAGGUGAAGUUUCAUCUUACUGGUCUUCGAAAUGACUAUUAUCUCAAUAUUCUAGAUUGGAAUUUUCAAAAUCUUGUUGCUAUAGCCCUUGGAUCCUCUGUGUACAUCUGGAAUGGGGAAAACCACAAUAAGAUUGAAAAUAUAGACUUCACUCUCAAUUGUAACUAUGUAUCUUCUGUGUCCUGGAUAAAAGAGGGAAACUGCCUGGCAGUUGGCACCAGUGAGGGAGAAGUACAACUAUGGGAUGUGGUAACUAAAAAGCGGCUGAGAAAUAUGCUUGGUCAUUUGUCAGUGGUUGGGGCUUUGAGCUGGAAUCACUAUAUUCUUAGCAGUGGGUCGAGGUUGGGCCGAGUUUAUCAUCACGACGUUCGGGUAGCCCGGCAUCACGUUGGAACACUUCACCACCAACAAGCUGUGUGUGCUCUGAAGUGGUCGCCUGACAGUAGGCUGCUUUCCAGUGGCUGUAGUGACGGACUGCUGACUAUAUGGCCCGGUGACCCGAGUGCAAAAGCACAGGUUCAACCACUGAAAGUCAUACCCCAACCUACAGCAGUCAAGGCCAUGGAUUGGUGUCCCUGGCAGUCUGCAGUCCUUGCUGUUGGAGGCGGAAUGAAGGACGGACACUUACAUAUCUUGGACAUAAAUACUGGGCAAACCAUCCAGACCCCAAACAUGAACUCACAGAUUUGUUCCCUAAUCUGGCUCCCUAAGACAAAGGAGAUUGCAAGUGGCCAAGGUACUCCUAAGAAUGAUGUGACUGUGUGGGCCUGUCCCGGUCUGGCCAGGUCGGCUGGAUUUUUUGGCCACAGGGGCAGAGUGCUGCACCUGGCUUUGAGUCCAGACCAGACCCGAGUGUUUUCUGCCGCAGCUGAUGGCACAGCCUGUGUAUGGAACUGCUGUGAGUCGUCACUCAGCCCCUCUGUGAGCUCCAGUUUCCUCACUUUGAAGUGAGAAUGAUGACAUUGGCCUUGUCUUCUCCAUGGGGUUGUGGUGAGGAUCAAAUAGGAUAAAGUGCUUUUCUUGUGGUGAAUGUCUGUUUUCCUGACUUUCUUUCUCAGGUUGCUUUAUUUUCCUCACUUCCUCCUGUUGGAUUUCCCAGACAUUGUCUUGGCCUCUUUUCUACUUUCCUCUCCCUCCUGCUCCUCUUCUUCCUCCUCCUUUUUCUUCUUUUUUCUCUAUCUCUUCCUUGUUAGAGAUGCAUUUCCACUGCCAUAGUCAGAAUAUCUAUAAAAGAUUUCCAAACUCCUUUUUCCCACUUGACUUUCCAAGCUCCAGCCUCACCCUUCUUUCUGCCUCUGGGUAUUUCCUUUCUGAGAUCCUUUCUUAUCUUUAGCUCAAACUCAGAAUGUUAAAAAUACAUACAAAUAAUAUUUUGCUUGAAAAAUAUUGAUUAAAAUCCUACUGUAUGGUAGGCAGUAUGUUAA